CCUUUUCUUUGACAAAGACACUCUUCGUGCUUUUCCUUUCUUCAAUAAUUUUCCUAUUAUAAUUUCUCCUUUUCAUACCACCUUUAUUCUCUGCAUCUACUCUUUUCUUUUUCUUUUUCCUUUCAUUCCCCAAGAAAAAUUAACCCACUUUCCCUCCAAACAAACAACCCUCCCGUCCUCUCUUUCUUUCUCAAACCCCACCAGGAAUUUCUCUCUUCCCAAACAACAACAAGAAAACAUCCAAACAUGGCAGACUUUGACUAUCAAGAUCUUCUACAGGCCACUGAUGGAUUCUCUCCAUCAAGACUCAUAGGCAAAGGAAGCCAUGGAUCAGUCUACAAAGGAAUACUUUUCCAAGAAAAUAAAGUUCUUGCAAUCAAGAAACCAUCCAUUGGUAUUGAUCAUGUCUCUAAUGACAACUCCAAGAAGCUCGACAACGAAAUAUUUAUAUUAUCAUCUCUACGUGAUCGAAGUCCAUACAUCAUUGGUUUUCUCGGAACGAGUCAUGACUCAGCUGCAGCUUCUAGCGAGGAGAAGAAGAUUAUCAAUAAUAGAAAGCUUCUUGUCAUGGAGUUCAUGCCCAAUGGUUCACUUCAUGAAAUGUUGCAUGGAGCUCAAACUCCACCUUCUUGGCCAAAACGUGUAGAGAUCGCUCUCCAAAUCGCUAGAGCAAUACAAGUCCUCCAUGAAAGCAAGCCUUUGGUUAUACAUAGAGAUAUCAAAUCAACUAACAUUUUGUUCGACUCAAAUUGGAAUGUUAAGUUGGCAGACUACGGACUCGCAGUACUGUCACGAGCCGACUCAUCAAGUCACCAGACGAUUCAACCCGCCGGCACGAUAGGCUACAUAGAUCCUUGUUACACAACCCCAAGCAAAUUGAGUACCAAAAACGAUGUGUUUAGUUAUGGGGUGGUUUUAUUAGAAAUCAUAAGCAGCAGAAAAGCCAUAGACGUCUCAAAGGGACCAGCUUCAAUAGUAGAAUGGGCAGUACCAUUGAUUCAAAAGCAGAGAUUACCCAUUAAAGAAAUCUGUGAUCCAAGACUUGGGUUGCCUCCAUACAUGGAAUCCACGAUAAGAAACUUGCUGAAUUUGGCUGUACGUUGUGUGUCCUCCAAGGAAGAAACUCGCCCAUCAAUCAGUGAACUCAUUAUGGGAAUGGGUAGCCAUUGCUUGGUUGAAAGAGUAAACAUAGCACCAAACCCCAGAAGCUGGACAAGCCUUGUAAGGAGUUUGAUUGUGAUGAGAAAGAAAAGAAGAUUAUCAAAGAAAUGGCAGGGAAAAUGUGAAGAAUAUAGUGAGAUUUCAAAAGGGAAGAUUUUGUUGAGGGAGAUAUUGGCUGAUAUUACACUGAAAUGAGUUGGAGAUGAUAAAGAAGUGAGUGAGUGAACUCGAGUGAGUCAAAUGGGAAAUGGGUUUUGGAUUAAAUAAUGAAGAGAUGAAGCUGCAGAGAAUGGAGUCCAAACAGAAGAUUCCCAAAUGUUUGUGGGUGAGGAAUAUAACAAAGAUUGAUUUGAUGGGUUGUCAUUCUAUUGUGAUGUUACAACUCUGCUUUCUUUUCCUUUAUUAUCCUUUUAUUAUUUGUAUAGGAUAUUCUACGUAUAAUUAUUUAAUACCAAUUUUUUUUUUU